GUUCUACCGCGGCGGAGAGCGGGCUUCUACUGCGCCUGCGCGGCAGCCGAGUCCUGCACCAAGAGAGGGUGGAGGGGCGAAGAGUGCAGGAGGGAUCACUAUUUGGCAGGAAGGCGAGGCCUGCUCCUUGGCAGUACAGUCAGAUUAGCUAGCCGUCAACGAGCUCCAAAUCUGGCAGUGUGUGAAGGAGGGAGGGAGCGGAGUGAAUGAGGGAGGGGGGGUGGAGAGGGAAGAGUGAAAAAACGAGAAGUGGAGUGUACAAGCUGAGGGCUGUGAAGUUCACUGGAGGAAAGGAGACUGAGGCGGGAGCGGCCCUGGUGACAGAGCUAGGGCGGGGGGAAAAGCUGGCUGCUUUGGACAAAGUGGAGGGAAAAGGCGGCGUGUCCCAGGCAAAUCAAAGAUUAGACCAGAAGAAAAUCUGUAGGUUGGCAGGCACCUUAAUCUGUGGGGUGAAAAGGAAGGGAUCCUUUUCAUGUGUACGGCAACCACUGCAGGAAGCUUGGAGUGACUACAACUUUCUCCAUAGCUUGGCAGCUUUGCUGCCCUUUCAUAUACAGAUGAAUGAAGACUCCAUUUGGAAAGGCGGCCACUCAGCGAUCAAGAGCUGAUGCAGCACAUGCAGGUGUUUCGGCCAAUAUGAUGAAGAAAAGGACCUCUCACAAGAAACAUCGCAAUAACAUGGGACCAAGCAAACCGAUUUCCCAGCCAAGGCGAAACAUCGUUGGUUGCAGAAUACAGCACGGCUGGAAAGAGGGCAGUGGUCCCAUAACCCAGUGGAAAGGAACUGUUCUAGAUCAAGUACCAGUCAACCCUUCCCUUUAUCUUAUAAAGUAUGAUGGGUUUGAUUGUGUUUAUGGACUUGAACUUCACAAGGAUGAAAGGGUAUCUGCUCUUGAGGUUCUUCCAGACAGAGUUGCUUCAUCCCGAAUUAGCGAUGCUCAUUUGGCUGACACAAUGAUUGGUAAAGCUGUUGAACACAUGUUUGAAACAGAAGAUGGCUCGAAGGAUGAAUGGCGAGGGAUGGUUUUAGCAAGAGCACCAAUCAUGAACACAUGGUUUUAUAUAACAUAUGAAAAGGACCCUGUCUUAUACAUGUAUCAGCUUUUAGAUGACUAUAAAGAAGGAGAUCUUCGCAUCAUGCCAGACUCUAAUGAUUCUCCUCCAGCCGAGAGGGAGCCGGGCGAGGUUGUGGACAGCCUAGUAGGGAAACAGGUUGAAUACGCCAAAGAAGAUGGAUCAAAAAGGACUGGCAUGGUAAUUCAUCAAGUUGAAGCCAAACCCUCUGUUUACUUCAUUAAGUUUGAUGACGAUUUCCAUAUUUAUGUCUAUGACUUGGUGAAGACAUCCUAAGUGACAUUCUGGACUUUUGCCAAGCUAAUGGAUCUAUCAGUUGUACAAUUUGUAGAGAAAAUAAAUCCCGCUUUCUAAUUACAGAAAAGCUCAGAUAUUCCUGCGAACUCACAAUCGCUUAUUGGAGUAAGAAAAGAGGGAGAGAAAGCAUUUUUGUGAAUAACGUUUUGUUUCAUUCUUCCUUACAAAGGAAUAAACCACUUUUUGCAACUGACCUGUUUGAGACUGGGAACAUUGCUUUUG